AUGGGCGGAUCGCUGGCUGGCGUCGACCUGGGGCCUUCGAUGCUGGCAGCUGCUGGUCCAGCUGCAACCUCUGGACCAUCUAUUCCUGCGGGCACAGGGCCAGGCGGAACGCCAACGACGGCUCUCAGCGUCUACCACCUCAUCACCCAGCUGUGCCAGAGACCUGACCCAGCCUCGAUUAUCUCGGCAAACAAGCAGGGCGCCCAGUUCUCGGGGCAGGGUCAAGGCCCCGCUACAGGAGCUACGGGAGCAGAGGCGCUUGCUGGAAGCUCGACGCAGCGCGAGACUGCGCUGCUGGAGUUGAGCAAGAAACGCGAGCAGUACGAAGAUCUGGCCUUGGUCCUUUGGCACAGUUUUGGCGUCAUGUCAUCCCUAUUGCAAGAGAUCAUCUCGGUCUAUCCGAUGCUUACGCCCUCGUCGCUUAGCGCACAUGCUUCGAACAGGGUGUGCAAUGCGCUGGCCCUUCUUCAAUGCGUGGCCAGCCAUCCAGAGACCAGGGUGCUUUUUCUCAACGCUCACAUCCCCCUGUUCCUCUAUCCAUUCCUCAACACGACCUCCAAGACUCGGCCUUUCGAAUACCUGCGCCUGACGUCGCUCGGUGUCAUUGGGGCUCUUGUCAAGCAGAACGACAACAGCGACAUCAUCAGCUUCCUCCUCUCGACGGAGAUCAUCCCCCUCUGCCUUCGCAUCAUGGAGACGGGCUCCGAGCUCAGCAAGACGGUAGCCAUCUUCAUCGUCCAAAAGAUUCUUCUCGACGACACAGGCUUGGCCUAUAUCUGCCAGACAUAUGAGCGUUUCUACGCCGUCGGCACUGUCCUGAGCAACAUGGUGACGCAGAUUGUCGAGAGCCAAGCUGUGCGGCUGCUCAAGCACGUCGUCCGGUGCUACCUCCGUCUCAGCGACAAUCCUCGCGCUCGCGAAGCUCUCCGGGCUUGUCUGCCCGCACCUCUGCGCGACGCCACCUUUUCACAGCUGCUCAAAAACGACCACAUUACCAAGCGAUGCCUCGCCACGCUUCUUCUCAACCUCUCCGACCGCGUCGACUCCUAA